GUCCGCGGUGCUGAAGAGACAAACCGCGCGCUCACUCGCGGACACACACACACAUACACACUCACUGAUACACACUCUCUCUUUCUCUCUCUUUUAUAAACACAAAUAAAUACACACACAUACACACACACACACUGUUGGAGAACACAAGAACACGAGCGCGUGAAAACAGAGGGGACGGAGGGAGCGAUGCGCAGCGCACCCACAAUACUCCGCUAAAGCGAAGCGACGCACAGGUGAAACAAUGCCAUCACUAUCCCAGCUCUGCGCUACUACAGGCCUGCCCUUCCUCGCUUGGCUCUCCCUCCUCCCCCUCAUCCUUUAUUUGAACAUUGGGGUCCAUGGGGCGACACUGAGGGAGCCACAACUGUGGGGCAAUGAGCCUAAUGCCUUCCGUCCCUCCUCACAAGCCCCACCCCCACCAAGUGCAGCGAUGCUGCAAGCUCUGCAGUACAUCCAGAGUCUCAGCAAGAGGACCCUGCACGACCCAGUCAUCAACAUCGACAAGCCUGAUGUUCCUGAAGAUGAUCUGGAGGACCUGGAGCGUGUCCGUGCCAUGCUGCAACUAGCCACACCGGCAAGGACAUCAUCAGGAAUGCGUGACAGCAGAGGAGAACACAGAGGAGAGGAAGACGAAGGGGAUGGAGAAGAGGAAAAAGAGGACGAUAAAGCUCAACAGUGGAUCCAGGCGGUACUCAGUACACUGCAGCAAACCGAGGACCAAAUGAGUCCCCAGAAAACACCACACAGAGAAUCCACCCAUUCCUUAAAAUCUAGUCACCCAUUGCUUACGCUCUCACCUGCUGUUGAGGCGAAACAAGAGCAAGAACAAUGGACUGGUCCAGGGGACUAUGGGAGGAGCUUGUUUGACAACCAGGGUGUCCGUAGACACCACCGAAAAUUCCCACUGUUGUUCGAGGACAAGCAUGGGCAGGAUCAACCUCUUAAACGGACCAACGAGAAUGCAGAAGAGCAGUACACACCCCAGAAACUGGCUACCCUCCAGUCAGUGUUCGAGGAGCUCAGUCGAAUGCCAAACUCUGAGCUUAAAUCUGACAGCAAACAGCAGAACACAGAGGACAGUGAAGAGGGUGAAGAGAGUGACAGAUACAGAGAGAAAAAGAUGGUGUUUGAUGACAUAUUAGGAGAUGAUGAGGAGCUGAUGCCAUUGGAGGAAAGAACAGAGCAGGUGGAAGAAGAGACACAUAGGCGUGAGUACAAUGGUGGCUUCGGGCGAGGCAGAGAUGCACAGGAACAGGAAGAUAACGUUGAAGACAGAGAGGACAAAAGAUCCAGUCAAUUAGACUUGCUUGAGACAACGAAGGAGAAGGAGGACCCAGAUGACUUGAGCAGGUUGGUGGACUACUACUUGAUGAAGGUUCUAGAAAAGGAGCAAGAGCAGAAGAGGGAUCAAGGGAAGGAGACAGAGGAAAAAGACAGUGAGGAUCAGGAGGAGGAAGAUGAGGAGGAUGAGGAAGAUAGUGACAGAGAAGAGGAAAGGCGAGAAGACGAAGAAGAGGAAAGCGAAGAACGAGACAAGAGACGAGCAUCCCUGCCACAGUAUACGGUAGAUCCCCAGUCUCUGUACCAACUCAUACAAAUCUCUAAGAAGCUUCAGAUCCCUCCAGAAGACAUUCUAGACCUGCUGGAAAGUGAGGGAAACAGGAAACUUGGAAAGUCCUGGCAGCGCAAACCAACACAAUCAAAGAUACCCUCACUGAGGUACCCGGGUUUAUACAGCACACGGAAAAGUCCAGGCACUGCGCCAGUCUACCAGCGACCUCUACUCCAGACCUCUGCGCCACAGAUGAGCAGCAUUACACAAGACAUCCUGAGGAUCCUUGGACUGGCUAAUAUGGCAAAGCCCAAUGACAAACCCCUCUUGCGGCUAAAUCAGUAUAAAUCAGCUCCAUUAGCUCUCAAUUACUACAUGUCAGAGAGGGAGCUUCCCGAUUACGCUUUGUCUGACACCAGCAGAGACCAGCGGGAGGCUGACUAUGACGACACUUUGGGUGAAGAUGAGCUGGCCAGUCUACUUGCGGCAGAGAUGCUCGCUCAGCGGCCGAGGCGUUCGACACAAGGUGUCCACGAUUACUUUGAUCAAUCAGUUCAAAGCAUGCCAGAAAAUAGACAGUCAGAGCAAGAAGAAACCGGAGAAUCUGAGAACGAUGAAGAGACGUUGUUAAGAAUCCUGAAGUACCUAAAUCCCGAAAGUGAGGACGCAGACGAAACAGACAUUAACGGAAAAACGGUGUCAGGAAUGUAGAUCUUUCUGUAAAACACAUAUUCUAUAUUGUUUAAAACUGAUGAUAAUAAAGUGUAAUAAAAUAUUUUGAACAAAGGAAAACAUGCAAUCGAGUUUAGUCAAUGUAACGUUUCAGCUUUUUGUCUCUUUAGUUUAGUCUUCUUUAAGCAGAGUCACAUUGACUGUAACCUCGCCUACAUGUUUCAGGGUCUUUUACUCGUCAUCCGUUAAACACUGUAAAACAUCAGAGCCUCUGUCAGCGGCGUACACCUCCCCUCACACACACACUCUCUCUCUCUCCCGUGCUCAGUGAUAUCGGUUCGCCUGUAGCUUCCGACAGCUGUGUUUGGUGCAUUCGGUGAUGUGUGAUGUGAUAGAGGUAAAUAAAGACUUUGCUCGCAUCAUGUUCCUUUAA